GACACAGCAACACCGGGGAGAGGCGACCGGGCCGGGGACAUGGAGCACCGCAUCAUAGGCCCGGGCCCCUACAGAGCUACCAAGCUGUGGAAUGAAACAAUUGAGCUUUUCCGCUCUGGAAUGACCCAGAAGAAGCAUCGUGUGCACUUUAAGAUGUAUGAGCGCUGCUUUACUGCGACAGAAGCCGUGGACUGGUUACAUGAACUGCUCCAGUGCAACCAAAACUUUGGACCAGAAGUAACUCGCAGUCAAACCGUCCAGCUGUUAAAGAAGUUCCAGAAGAACCACGUCAUCGAGGAUGUGAAAGGAAGAUGGGGAAAGGAAGACUUUGAGGAUAACAACAACCUGUACAGGUUUCCACCGACCUCACCGCUGAAACCAUACCCAAAAACACCUGCACAAAAAGUGGAGCCUCUUCCGUUCCCUCGCUGGACUGAUGAAGACUCUGUCACUUCAUAUGCUCAUAUUCCUGUGAGACCUGUCGUAAUGAAUUCUGAGUUGUGGUAUAAACGUCACAGCAUUGCUAUCGGGGAGGUUCCUGCUUGUCGACUGGUGUAUCGCAGAGAGUUAACCCCAGCAAAUAUUGAAGAGCUAUGGAAAUCUAGGACACUAUUACGUAUACAGAAGAUACUUGGACUUGAUUCUCUGGAAGAAGUGAUGGACACUAAGCAGGCAAAUGGGAAGCACAUAAUGCACAAUGUGUACAAUGUCAACAAGCAAGGGAUUGUGGUGAUGGAUGACAGAUCAAAGGAACUUCCGCACUGGCUGCUGUCAGCAAUGAAAUGCCUCGCUAGUUGGCCAAAUUGCUCUGAAAUGAAGCAGCCAAUGUACUUGGGCUUUGAAAAAGAUGUGUUUAAGACCAUCGCUGAUUAUUACAGUUCUCUGCAGGAGCCACUGCUGACAUUUCAGCUGUUUGAUGUUUUUGUGAAUAUACUCGGUCUUCUGCAAAAGAGGCUCGCAGCUAUUGAAGCUCUUCAGGUUUGCUGUCUACUUCUUCCUCCGGAAAAUCGCAGGAAACUGCAGCUGCUAAUGAGGAUGAUGGCAAGAAUAAGCCUCAACCGAGAAAUGCCACCUCUGUGUGAUACAACGGGAAACCGAGCGCUGAUGGUGCAGACCUUUUCUCGCUGCGUCCUUCGCUCUAAGGAGGAGGCGGACCUGGGUGAACUUUUAUCCACUAAUCUUGUAACCUUCAUGAUGGACAAUUGCCAGGAUAUUCUGACUGUUCCGACGUCUUUUAAAAACGCUGUGGAAGAUUAUGUGGCACACCAAAGAAGGGUCCAGAUAAAAUAUCCAGGGGCUAACAUUGACGGCACGCUUCAUCCAACUUUCAUCCAGCCACAGGGGACAACACAUGAGUAUGAAUAUCAGAAGCUGAGCAAACCUCAAGAUCCUGUGAAAGUUGCACUAGAAGAAAUUAUAACUAACAAGACCUUGUCUUCCAAGGAUAAGAAGAAAAAGCUGAAACAGUUUCAGAGAGCUCACCCUCAAAUCUACAAGGAACGUUUCCCAACGCCAGAGAGUGAAGCUGCUAUAUUUCCAGAGAAAACGAGCCUAAAAUCUCAGCUAUCCUUUUUCACCCUAAAACGGCCUUUCCAGUCGUUUCAGAGGACACGAAGCUUUCGCAUGUAAAAGAACUCUCUGAUUCCACCUGGAACAGAGGUGACGGUUUACAAUGUAUAAAGAUACUUUACAUGCCAAGACACGAGAUAGGAUGACCACUUAUCAGUAUUUUAUCUAUUACAAUAGGUCAGUUGUUAACAUGAACUUAAAUGUUGUUAUUCGGCAAACAUUUCAAGACUUUUCCCCUUAUGGACAGUGUUUUGUUUUUUUAUGUGACUACUGAAAAUGUAAAAUUGACUGAACAUUAUUCUCGGGGGAACAUUUUAAAACUUGACUAAAAAAGGUUUAAAAUUAUGUACGUACUUGAAUUUCUUCAAUACACUGGAUGACUGAAAAAUGAGGUAGCACUGUAUAUAAACCUUCUGAUAAUUGUCUUUAUCUACAAUCAGUUUAGUGUCAGAAAAUAAACCAUUUUUUAAUGAUUAGUAAUAUUUAAUAUUUUUGCAAAAGUGUCAUUUAAAUUUUUUUUAUUUUUU